AUGAGGCUAGUGACAUUGAACCUGCUUAUGUGUAAUUCUGAGGAGUGUUCAGGGAGAAACCAAGCUUUAACUCUUAAUCCUGGUGAAAUCACACCAGGCACAACCCAAUUCAACCACGAUUUAACGAUUAGAAUGCUUGGAAAGCUAGAUUGGCUGGCUUUUGUAAAUGCUGCACUUAGAUUAGGCCAUGAGCUGCCAGAUAAUAUUACUGAAGCUGACCAUCAGAACUCAGAGCUAAUUCAGAGAAUUUUCGAUAUCUUGUUUAACGUAGAAAUACAAACUGGUGAGCUGUUAUGCCCAAAUUGCAAUAGAACUUAUCCAAUUGAGAAAGGUAUCCCAAAUAUGCUGCCUCAAGACCACUAA